AUGAGACUGCGUUUGGUAUUUGCUCUAAUUGUGGGCGUGGCUGCUGGCUACUGCCUGGCACAGCGUUCCUGGUUUACAGUGCCUCAAAGCGUUUGCUACAACUGCACGGAAAAUGCACAAAACCAAAGCAAUGUGUCAAUAACGAGUGACAAUCAAACGACGCUGGCGGAUCAGUUGGCCAAAGAGGUGCGCGUACUUUGCUGGAUCAUGACCAGUCCAAAGAAUCAUGACACCAAAGCUUUGGCUGUUAAACGCACCUGGGGCAAGCGUUGCAACAAGCUGCUGUUCAUGAGCUCAGUGGAUAACGAAUAUGAGGACACCAUAACAUUGCAAACUGAAGGCGGACGCGACAAUCUGUGGGGCAGAACUAAAGCAGCCUUCAAGUAUGUCUAUGAGCAUCACUUCGAUGAAGCCGAUUGGUUUCUCAAAGCUGAUGAUGAUACCUAUACAAUAAUUGAGAAUCUGCGUUAUAUGCUUUAUUCACACGAUGCCGCAACGCCAAUUUAUUUUGGCCACAAGUUUAAGCCACUUGUGCAGCAGGGCUACAUGUCUGGCGGUGCUGGCUAUGUGCUCAGCCGUGAGGCUGUCCGUCGCUUUGUAGUUGAAGCGCUGCCCAAUCCCAAGCUAUGUAAGCAGCAUAAUGGAGGCGUUGAGGAUGCUGCGCUAGGCAAAUGUUUGCAGAAUGUUAAGGUAGUGGCUGGCGAUUCGCGUGAUGGCAAGGGGCGUGGUCGCUUCUUUCCGUUUAUUCCGCAGGAUCAUGUAUAUCCUUACCAUGACAAUACCUGGUACUGGGAAUAUCAAUAUUAUAAAUCAAAAGAUGGCCCCAACUUAAUGUCAGACUAUCCUAUAUCAUUUCAUUAUAUUCCACCUAGGAAAAUGUAUACGCUCGAAUAUUUGAUAUACAAACUAAAGAUAUUUGGCAUCAAGUCGCCGGUAGAGACUUUGCAAAAAGCGUUGCCAAUAACAAAUGAGUCGACCUCAAACACUUCUGAAGCUUAA